GUUCCUUCCAAACCCCCCACAGACUCCUGUGGUUCCUUCCAAACCCCCCACAGACUCCUGUGGCUCUGUCCAAGCUCCCCCCACAAUCUCACAUGGAUCAGUCCAUUCACCUCCUCUUCAACCCCCCCCCCCGUCCGCUCCGAAUGGUUCCGCCCGCCGCCAUCACCGCGCGCCGCGCUCUGACGUCACCCUCGGGCGCCGCGUCGCAGUGACGUCAUCACCGCGCGCAGACGGCGGCACCGGAACCGUUCCGGGAACCGGAGCCCCCCAAACUCCCCCAAAACCCCCCAAAACCCCCGAGCCCCCCAUGAGCCGCCGCCGCCGCCGCCUCGAGGACCCCCGCGCCGCCCUCGAGGCCAAACGGCGCCGCCCGGGGCUGCCGGCGGAGCCUCCGCGGCCCGACGGCAGCCCCGCGGCGGUGGAGGCGGCGCUCGGGGCCGUGGCCGCGCUGUUCCCGCGCCGCCUGUUCGGGGACGCGCUGCCGCCGCUGCUGCUGCGCCACCAACUGUACAGCCUCGUGCCCGACCGCACCGCCGUGGACCGGCACCUGGAGCGGCUCCGUGCUGAGGGGCGGCUGCGGCUGCUGCACUUGGGGCUGGGCCCCGACGCGCUCGGGGUGGUCAGUGCGCGGCUCUACCGCGAGAAGGCGCUGGCGGCCGUGGCCGGGUCCCCGCGGGAGCCGCUGGUUCGGCGAUUUCUGGAGGUGGCGGUGGCGGCGCGGCCGGAGCUGAGCUACGGAGAGAGGGACAUGAGGGACAUGGGAUUUGGGGACAGCGACGUCACGCAGUUGGUGGCCGUGGGGCUCCUGACUGUACGUGACGUCGGCAGUUGGUGGGUGGCAGUUCCGGGGAUCGGGCGCUUCGUGCGGGCGCUGCUGCGCGGCCGCCGGGCGCUGCUGUCUCUGUUCCGUCGGGCGCGGCUGCGGCAGCUGCCCCAGGGGGCGCUGGGGGGGGGCAAAACCCCCCCGGGGGCCGCCCUGGGGGUCCCGUUCCUGCUGCACGACCUGCUGGGGGAGGGGCGGCUCGUGAGCGUCCCGACCCCCGCGGGUCCCCUGCUGCGAUUGGCUGAGCCGUGACCCCGACCUCUGACCUUUGACCUCUGACCGGACCUGCCUGAGGAAGUCGCCCCAAAUUUCUGCACGGGGGCGUGGCCACGGCUGACCACGCCCAUUGGGGGCGGGGCUAAGGGCUAGAUGACCACGCCCACUUUGGCCGAGUGCAAUAAAACCAAAAAUAAAAUAAAAUCAAACCCCAAAAUCAAUAAA